GCGCGCGUAUAAAGCCUCCAUAGCUCCCCGCGUGUAUUUUCGAGAGUGUCCUCCCAGGCGAACGCUUCUUCCGCCUUGCACACGCACACCUUCCCCUUCCCCUUCCCCUCCCCGCCUCACGCUCGCCUGAAGCACCGUCGGCAUGGGCUCCGGACCUGCACUCUCGGGCGGGGGCCACAUGGCCAACUACGAGCACCUAUUGAACCCGAACCGGAGGUGGUACAAUAACAAGCGGCUCAUCCUGCUCCACUGCUGGCUGCUGCUCCUCCUGAUCACCUCCUCCGGAAAUGGCUUCGACGGCAGUCUCAUGAAUAGCUUCCAAUCGCUGAAGCAGUGGCAGCACUACUUCAAUAAUCCCCAGGGCAGCCGUCUCGGGCUUCUCAACGCGAUCCAAAACAUCGGCUCCCUCGCAGCGUACCCGUUCGCCCCGUAUCUCUCUGACGGCCUCGGACGGAGACGGACGAUAUGGAUCGGCGCGACGAUUAUGCUCAUCGGCGUCGCCCUCCAGACGGCCGCGCAGAACCUCGGAUUCUUCAUCGGCGCGCGGUUCCUCGUCGGGCUUGGACUGACGUUUGCUACCAACUCGGCACCCAUGCUGGUGACCGAGCUCUCCUACCCGACCUAUCGCCCGCAGCUCACCUCGCUAUACAACUCCCUCUGGUACUCCGGGAACAUCGUUGCCUCGUGGACGACAUUCGGGACAGAGUACAUGCACAGCACUUGGUCAUGGCGCAUCCCGUCUAUCAUGCAGGGCAUCCCCGCCGCGUUCCAGUUCUUCCUCAUACUGCUUGCGCCAGAGAGCCCGCGAUGGCUCGUGUCCAAGGGGCGCGAAGCGGACGCGCUGCGCGUGCUCGCCUACUACCAUGCGGAUGGGAACGAGCACGAUCCGCUCGUGCAGUAUGAGUUUGAGGAGAUCAGGACGGCGAUCCAGCUCGAUCGCGAGUCCAAGAAGAAUGUGGGUUGGCUGUCGCUCGUGAAGACAAAGGGAAAUCGGAGGCGGAUGCUCAUCAUCGUCGCGAUCGCGUGGUUCUCGCAAUGGUCCGGCAAUGGGCUCGUCUCGUACUACCUUACCAAAGUCAUGGAGUCCAUCGGCAUCACGAACACCACCAUCCAAUUGCUCAUCACCGGUAUCCUUGCAAUAUGGAAUCUGUUCUGGGCAGUGUUUGCGUCAUUCCUAGUGGAGCGCGUCGGCCGGCGGCUGCUGUUCCUCACGUCCGCGGCGGGCAUGCUGUUAUUCUUCAUACUACAGACGAUCUGCACCGCACGCUACUUUGCGAACCAGGCCCCGGCGGCGUCGCACGCGGUUAUCGCGUUCGUGUUCCUGUUUUACGCCUUCUACGAUCUGGCGUUCACGCCGCUGAUCGUCUCGUACACGGUUGAAAUCCUGCCGUACUCGCAAAGGGCGAAGGGAUUCAACGUGUUCAACUUCACCAUCUCCGUCGCGCUCAUCUUCAACCAGUACGUCAACCCCAUCGCGCUCGAUCGCAUCAGCUGGCGGUACUACAUCGUGUACUGCUGCUGGCUCGCGUUCGAGUUUGCGUUUUUGUGGUUCAUGAUCGUCGAGACCAAGGGACUCACGCUCGAGGAGACCGCGGCGCUGUUCGACGGCGAGGACCUCACGCAGCAUAUCGGCGCCGCGGGCCCGCCCGCGUCUGAGGUGCAUACUGAUGAAAAAGACUAUGUCGAGAAGGUCACGGAGUAGAAUGCGCGCGCACCCGAUGACGCUGUACGAUACUGAUGACUUACUUUGUUUCGGACCUUCGUCUUCCUUUUCCCCCUUUUUGAUGCCAGGUUGGGUACAUUAUAUCUGUUGGUUUGCUUGUUAUUACCCUUGAUGCUAGGUUGUAUCGACACGUUUGCGUCACGACUCAUUGUACAGUAGUUUACGCACAUACCUACGAUAACCGCUUGAAUAUUGAUGGUUCCGGUUGCAUCUCCGU